GCGGCGCGCGCGCGGCUCUCGGCAACCGGCACAACACAACAAAAUGGCUCCCGCGCCGCUCGGCGCCUGAAAGGCAGGGCCCGCGCGUCUCCCGCCCGGCCUCGGUCCGCUGGGCUGCUCAGUUCGGCUCCUAGGCGGACUUACCCCUUGCAGGAAUAUCUCUGUGAAAGAACGCUAACCAGUUUUAAAACCUGUAAAUCCCAAGGUCUAGUUCACCAAGGUAGUUUGUCUGUGAGGUAGACUACCUAUAUCUAGUAAGUCCAGGCUUUAUGAGAGCUGUGGCAAACCAGGGAGGGGAUCUAGGGAUGCUCUGUGGCUUGUAAACCAUCACCUAAUCUUUCACUUCAUAAUUCAUAAAAGGUCUAGAUGGGCGCCUGGCUCUAUUGCUGCAAUGAAGAAAGGUCCUCAACAGAGAGUCACCUCCAGCAAGAUGCCACCGUCAUCUCCCUCUCCGAGCCCGUCAUCUCUCACGUCCAAUAUGAGGUCCAGGUCACUUUCACCUCUGCUUGGGCCUGACACUUUGUCCUUUUAUUCUGAAGGACAGUGGUGUGAGCAAGUCGAAGUUACAGAUGAAAACAGCAUGCCUUUGGACUGCCAAGACCGUAAAAAAGCUGAUUCAUGUGUAGGAGUCCGAUAUAUUACAGAAGCUCUCAUUAAAAAACUCACCAAACAGGACAAUUUGGCCUUGGUAAAAUCUCUGAACCUUUCACUUUCUAAAGAUGGUGGCAAGAAAUUUAGGUAUAUCGAAAAUUUGGAAAAGUGUGUUAAACUUGAAGUCCUGAAUCUCAGCUGUAAUCUGAUAGGGAAGAUUGAGAAGAUGGACAAGCUGUUAAGAUUACGGGAACUCAAUUUGUCAUAUAAUAAAAUCAGCAAAAUUGAAGGCAUAGAAAAUAUGUGUAAUCUGCAAAAGCUAAACCUUGCAGGAAAUGAAAUUGAACAUAUUCCAGUAUGGUUAGGAAAAAAAUUAAGAUCUUUACGUGUCCUUAAUCUAAAAGGCAACAAGAUAUCAUCGCUCCAGAAUGUCAGCAGGUUGAAACCACUUCAAGAUUUGACUUCCCUGAUCCUACUUGAAAAUCCAAUUGUGGCGCUUCCUCAUUACCUCCAGUUCACCAUAUUCCAUCUGCGUUCAUUGGAAAGUUUGGAAGGUCAGCCGGUAACCACCCAGGAUAGACACAAGGCUUUUGAAAGAUUCAGUUUAGAAGAGAUAGACAGACUGGAAAAAGACCUAGAAAAGAAGGUGAUGGAAACCGAAGAGCUUAAAAGCAAACAAACAAGGUUCCUUGAGGAAAUUAAAAGCCAAGAUAAACUGAACAGAUCCUUAAAAGAAGAGGCCAUGCUACAGAAACACAAUUUUGAGGAACUUGAGAGUGACCUAAACACGAAAAAUGAAUUGCUAAAACAGAAGACCAUGGAACUAACGCGAGCCUGUCAAAAGCAAUAUGAGCUUGAGCAGGAAUUGGCCUUUUAUAAAAUCGAUGCUAAAUUUGAGCCACUAAAUUACUAUCCAUCAGAGUAUGCCGAAAUUGAUAAAGCCCCAGAUGAAAGCCCUUACAUUGGCAAAUCCAGGUACAAGAGAAACAUGUUCGCCAUGGAGAGUUACAUUGUUCCUAACGCCCAGGCAGUGCAGAUCAAGCUGGUGGAGCCACCUGAGGGAGGACAACCUGGAAAUGAACCUGCUAAUCCAAGAGUCUGUUCCCCACCGGGUGUACAGCUGGAAGACAAAGAAAAAAAAAUAAGUACAGCACAAACCCGACUGUCACAACUGCAUGAUGAAAUAGAAAAGGCAGAGCAAAAAAUUUUAAGAGCUACUGAAGAAUUUAAACAACUGGAAGAAGCUAUACAGCUAAAAAAACUUUCAGAAGCAGAGAAAGACCUUCUUUUGAAGCAGUUGAGUAACAGAAUACAGCUUCUAAAUAAGUCACGCCAGGAAGCUAUGGAUCUAGAAAUGCAGAUGGAAAAGCAAAGGCAAGAUAUUGCUGAGAAGCAGGAGGAGAUCAAGGGUCUGCAGACCGCCCUGGACAGGCUGGAUCCCAAAGACCCAAAGCAUUCCCAUAUGAGGGCUCAGAAAAGGGGUAAAGAACAACAAUUUGACAUUAUGAACAAGCAGUACAAACAACUUGAAAGCCGCUUGGAUGAGAUACUUUCUAGAAUUGCCAAGGAGACCGAAGAGAUAAAGGACCUGGAACAACAGCUCACUGAAGGCCAAAUAGCAGCUAAUGAAGCCCUGAAGAAGGACUUGGAAGGUGUCAUCAGUGGGUUGCAGGAAUACCUGGGGGCUGUCAAAGGCCAGGCGACUCAGGCCCAGAGGGAGUGCAAGAAACUGCAGGAUGAAAAAGAGGCUCUGAUGCAGAGGCUGACUCAAGUCGAGCAAGAGAGGGACCAACUGGAAACUGUUGCCAUGGAUGCAGAAAACAUGAGGAAGGAGCUUGCGGAGCUAGAAAGUGCCCUGCAGGAACAGCAUGAGGUGAAUGCCUCCUUGCAACAGACCCAAGGAGACCUCAGCGCCUACGAAGUGGAACUGGAGGCUCAGCUGAAAAUCCGGGAUGCUGAAGCCAGCCGGCUCAGAGAUGAGCUAGAGGAGCUCACACGGCUUACCCAGUUGGAACAGUCAGCCCUUCAGGCGGAACUUGAGAAGGAAAAACAAGCCCUCCAGGAUGCUCUCUGCACGGUCCAGUUCUCAAAGGAGAAGGAGCAGGAGAACAGUGAGCUCCGCGCCAAGCUCCAGCAGCUCCAGGAUGACAAUAAUUUGUUAAAACAGCAGCUUACAGAUUUCCAGAAUCACCUUAACUGUGUGGUUGAUGGCUUGAUUCGCCCAGAAGAAGUGGCAGCUCGCGUGGACGAGCUAAGGAGAAAACUGAGAGUAGGAGCUGGUGAGAUGAGAAUCAGUAGUCCUUCAGAUGUCUUAGGAAAAAGUCUGGCUGGUUUACAAAAACAGUUGAGUGAAAUCCUUGCGCGAUCCCAAUGGGAAAGGGAGGAAGCUCAAGUGAGGGAGAAGCGCCUGCAGGAGGAGAUGGCUCUGCAGCAGGAGAAACUAGCGAGCGGCCAGGAGGAAUUCCGGCAGGCCUGCGAGAGAGCCCUGGAGGCCAGGAUUAAAUUUGAUAAGAGGCAACAUGAUGCAAGAAUCCAACAGCUGGAGAAUGAAAUCCGCUACUUGCAGGAAAAUCUCAAAAGUAUGGAGGAGAUCCAAGGCCUAACAGAUCUCCAGCUUCAAGAAGCUGAUGAUGAAAAGGAAAGAAUUCUGGCCCAACUUCAAGAGUUAGAGAAAAAGAAGAAACUUGAAGAUGCCAAGUCACAGGAGCAGUUAUUUGGUUUAAAUAAAGAACUAAAGAAACUAAAGAAAGCUGUUGCUGCUUCUGAUAAGCUAGCCGCAGCUGAGCUCACCAUUGCCAAAGACCAGCUGAAGUCCCUGCAUGGGACAGUUAUGAAAAUCAACCAGGAGCGAGCAGAGGAGCUGCAGGAGGCAGAGAGGUUCAGCCGCCAGGCAGCGCGAGCGGCCCAGGACCUGAGCCGAGCAGAGGCCGAGAUCGAGCUCCUGCAGAGCCUUCUCAGGGAGAAAGAGGAGCAGUUUCGAACCGACGACAAAGCAAAUGCAGAUGCUGGGGUAGCAGACACACAGGUGCUAGAAAUUGAGAAACUGCAGGAGACAAUGGAGAGACAAAGGACAGAGAUCGCACGGCUGCGGCGCUUACUCAGCCUCCCCAGGCCUGACAACAAAGGGGGCAUUGAAAGCGUGUUAGAAGAAAUUGCUGAACUCCGCCGUGAAGUCUCCUGUCAGAAUGACUACAUCAGCAGCAUGGGAGAUCCUUUCAAAAGACGAGGCUAUUGGUAUUUCAUGCCACCACCACCGUCAUCAAAGGUUUCCAGCCAUAGUUCCCAGGCUACCAAAGACUCUGGUGUGGGCCUCAAAUACACAGCUUCUACUCCCAUUAGAAAACCACACCCUGGGCAGCAGGAUGGAAAGGAAGGCGGUGGGCUUCCACCUGCCUCGGGAUACUGGGUCUACUCUCCCAUCAGGAAUGGAUUGUUUAGGUCGUCUUUAAAUAGAGAUGCAGACAGUGAAGGAGGGAGUCAAGAAGAGAGUGAACUGGAUGACCAAGAGGAAGCCCCGUUUGCGCCUCCACCUGGAUACAUGAUGUACACUGUGUUUCCGGACGGCUCUCCCGUACCCCAGGGCAUGGCCUUGUACGCCCCACCACCUCCGCUGCCCAACAACAGUCGGCCGCUCACCCCUGGCACUGUUGUUUAUGGCCCGCCUCCAGCUGGUGCUCCUAUUGUGUAUGGUCCUCCACCCACCAACUUCUCUGUCCCACUCAUCCCUAUGGGCGUGCUGCAUUGCAAUGUGCCAGAGCAUCAUAACUUAGAGAGUGAAGUUUCUAGAUUGGAAGACAUGAUGCAGCAUUUAAGGUCAAAGAGGCGUGAAGAACGGUGGAUGAGAGCCUCCAAACGGCAGUCUGAGAAAGAAAUAGAAGACCUGCAUCAUAAUAUUGAAGAUCUUUUGCAAGAGAAGAAAGACUUAGAGCAUGAAGUAGAAGAUUUACAUAGAACUAUCCAGAAACAUCAACAGCGAAAGGACUUUGUUGAUGGAAAUGUUGAGAGGCUUAUGUCUGAAGUGGAAAUAGAGAAAUCACUCCAGCACCAGGAGGACAUUAUAGAUGAAAUUGAGUGUAUUGAGAAGACGCUGCUGAAGCGGCGCGCCGAGCUCAGGGAGGCCGACCGCCUGCUCGCCAAGGCCGAGAGCGAACUGUCGAGCACUAAAGAGAAGACAAAAAAUGCUGUUGAAAAGUUUGCUGAUGCCAAGAGAAACCUAUUACAAACUGAAUCAGAUGCUGAGGAGUUAGAAAGGAGAGCACAAGAAACUGCCGUUAACCUUGUCAAAGCGGAUCAGCAGCUAAGGUUGCUGCAGGCCGAUGCAAAGGAUUUGGAGCAGCACAAGAUAGAGCAAGAAGAAAUGUUGAAAGAAAUAAGCAAAGUUGUAGCAGCCAAAGACUCGGACUUCCAGUGUCUAAGCCAGAAAAAGGAACAGCUGACCGAGGAGCUUCAGAAACUGCAGAAAGACAUCGAGACAGUGGAGCACAGUGGGGAUCACCACCUGCAGGUCCUGAAAGAGACGGAGACACUCCUGCAGGCCACACGGGCUGAGCUGGAGCAGCUGAGAGGCCAGGUGGCAAGUCAGCAGGAAGAGAUGAGCAUCUUGGACAAGCAGUUGGGUCUUAAAAAGGAUGAGCUGCAUCUUCUUCAAGAAAGUCUAGUUCAGGCAAAAGCCGACCUCCAGGAAGCGCUGAGGCUGGGAGAGACGGAAGUCACUGAGAAAUGCAGUCACAUCAGGGAAGUAAAAUCUCUUCUGGAAGAGCUGAGUUUUCAGAAAGGAGAACUGAAUGUCCAGAUUGGGGAAAAAAAAACGCAACUUGCACUUAUAAAACAAGAAACUGAGAAAGAGGAAGAAAAUCUUCAGGUGGUUUUAGGGCAGAUGUCUAAACAUAAAGCGGAACUAAAGAAUAUUCUGGACAUACUACAACUGGAAAACAAUGAGCUACGAGGCCUGAAGCUCCAACACGACCAGAAGGUGUCGGACUUAGAGAAGCUUCAGGUUGAAGUGCUCGAGGAGAAGCUGCUCUUGGAGAACUUGCAACAGACGGCUCAGCAGCAGAAGGGGGAGAUGGAGUGGCAGAAGCAGGUCCUGGAGCGGGACAAACGGGACAUUGAGAGGAUGACCGCUGAGAUCCGCGCCCUGCAGCCGUGUGUCGAGUGUCUGAGCAAAGAAAAGGAAGAUCUCCAAGAGAAAUGCGACAGCUGGGAACAGAAGCUGGCACAAGCCAAAAGGGUUUUAGCGGCUACAGAGGAAACCAGCAGAGUGGAGCAGUCAAACUUAGAAAAGUUGGAAUUGAAAGUCAGAAAAGUGCAGCAGGAGCUCGAGGAGCUCCACAGGAACAAGGUCUCGGUGUGCAGUGACCUCUCCCUGGCGCAGCAGCAGCUGCGAGAGAAGCAAGAAGCAGUAGGAUCACUACAAGAGGAACUAAGCAGUGUGCAAGACCAUUUGAACGCAGCAAAUCAGGAGCUGCUUCACACCACCAGGCGCCAGGACGCACUGCUCAGCGAGCAGAGCCAGCUCCAGAGGGACAUCAGUGAGUGGGUCAGGAGGUUCGAGAACUGUCAGAAAGAAGAGGAGGCAAAGCAGCAGCAACUCCAAGUGCUGCAGGACGAGAUCGAGAAAAACAAGCUCAAACUGGAGCAGCAAGAAACGGUGUUUCAAAACCUCCAGAAAGAACGAGAAAGUGAAGAAAAAAAAUUGGAAGUCAGUAAAGUGACCCUGCAGGAACAGCAGCAGCAGCUGGACAAGGAGCUCGCAAGUCAGAAAAGUAGGCUGGACCAGGUGCUCUCGGAGGUGCUGGCGGCCGAAGAGCGGGUCAGGACCCUGAAGGAAGAGGAGCGGCAGGGAGAGAGUCUGGAGAAGACACUGUCCCAAACCAAACGGCAGCUUUCCGAACGGGAACAGCAGUUAAUGGCAAAGUCCAGUGAGCUGCUGGCCCUGCAGAAAGAGAUGGACAGCAUGAGGGCGGACUUCAGCCUCCUGCGCAACCAGUUCUUGACUGAAAGAAAGCAAGCCGAGAAGCAGGUGGCCAGCCUGAAGGAAGCACUGAAGACCCAGAGGAGCCAGCUGGAGAAAAAUCUUCUUGAGCAAAAGCAGGAAAACAGCUGCAUACAGAAGGAAAUGGCCACGAUAGAGCUGGUAGCUCAGGACAACCACGAGCGGGCCCGGCGCCUCAUGAAGGAGCUCAAUCAGAUGCAGCAUGAGUACCUGGAGCUGCAGAAACAGGUGGAAAACCAGAAAUCUCUGGAGAGAAGGCAAAUGGAAAUCAGCAAUGCCAUGAGGACUCUGAAGUCUGAGGUGAAAGACGAAAUCAGAAGCAGCUUAAAAAAUCUCACCCAGUUCCUUCCAGAACUACCAGAUCUAGAAGCGGUUUUGGAAAGAAAUGAAAACCUUGCAGAGUUGGAAAGUCUCAAAGAGAAUUUUCCAUUUACUAUGAAUGAGAGGCCUUUUGAAGAAAAACUGAACUUCUCCCAGGUUCACAUCAAGGACACACACUGGCACGGAGAAGCCCUGCGAGAGAAACUACGGCACCGUGAAGACCGACUCAAGGCCCAGCUUCGGCAGUGCAUGUCCAAGCAAGCAGAAGUGCUGAUUAAAGGGAAGCAGCAGACGGAGGGCACGCUGCACAGCUUGAGGAGACAAGUGGAUGCGUUAGGGGAACUGGUCACCAGCACCUCUGCAGACUCGGCGUCAUCCAGCCCGUCUCCGCUGUCGGCUUCCCUCGUGGAGGACUCUCAGCUGGGACAAAGUAAGCUCUGCCAACAAGUUCUACAUGGUCCAUUCAAACCGUCAGACAGUUACUGACACCGAGGCCAUUCCCAGCUUCCUGCUUACAGGUAUGUUAGAUUUUGAAGUG